UGCGCACGCGCCUUGACCCUUUGGCAGAAGGCGGCCGGAGUAAGCUUCUCUCCUUCUUGAACUUUCCUCCUUGGAAGGAUGCAGAGCUCUGGCCUUUUUGAUUCCUUAUCCUAGUUUCAGAUGAAGGAUGGAUGAAAUGCUGUCUGAAAUUCUGUCCAGCAAACUAAAAGAUAGAAGUGAUGAUAGUGAUCCAAAGGAUGUCAAACAAGCAGGUGAAGACAGCAUUGAAAAGUGCCAGAGAUGCAAUAAGAAACAAAGAAUAUAAGGAAGCUUUAAAACAUUGUAAGACCGUGUUGAAACAAGAGAAGAAUAACUACAAUGCCUGGGUUUUUAUUGGAGUGGCAGCAGCUGAACUGGAACAACCUGAUCAAGCACAGGGGGCUUAUAAGAAAGCAGCUGAACUAGAACCAGACCAGUUAUUGGCCUGGCAGGGGCUAGCAAGUUUAUAUGAGAAAUCUAACUACACAGAUGCCAAAGAGGACUUGAUCGCUGUCUACCAAAAGCUUUUGGAUCUCUAUGAAAGUGUUGACAAGCAGAAAUGGUGUGAUGUCUGUAAGAAGCUUGUGGAUCUCUAUCACCAAGAAAAGAAAUACCUGGAGGUGGCUCAAACGUGGCACAGACUGAUCAAAACAAGGAAGGAAGAUGGUGCGGAGAAUCAAGAGGUUUACCAGCUGUGGAUAAAGUUAACUCAGUUACUGGCUGAGGGUACUGAAGAAGAAAAUGAUGAAAUUCAGCAGUCGCUUUUCACUGCAUUUGAAAAUGCUUUGAGUUCUUCAGAUAACAUUCCUAGUGAAGAUCAUGAAACACUUUAUAGACACUUCAUUCAGUGUUUAUCUAAAUUUCCUCAUGAGACUGCUAGGAUGAAGAAGGCAUGUGAAGGUAUGAUGAACAUCUAUCCUACUGUAUCUUAUCCAUUGGAAAUGCUUUGCUUACAUUUAAUUCAGUCAGGAAAUUUCACUGAAGAAGCCCUGCAGUACUGUUACCGACUAGUGGAGAAGGACUCAGAAAGUGGUCCUGGUCUCAUUGGCUUAGGCAUAAAAGCACUACAAGACAAAAAAUAUGAAGAUGCUGCCAAAAACUUAACAGAAGGGUUAAAGCUAAGCAGUGUCUGUAUAGUAGGAUGGUAUCAUCUGGCAGAGACCCAAGUGAAAAUGCAUCGAUAUAAAGAAGCUAUUCUUUCCUGCAAUCAAGCUCUGAAAACAAUAGAAAACCUCAGUGUACCUGGUAGAAGUCUUCAUCAGAAGAACCUCUGCCUUCGUUUGAAAGCUGAGGCCUUGAUAAAGCUUUCAGAUCACGACUCUUCAGAAGCAGCAAUUGCUACUCUAGAACAGGUCUCAGAUGCAAAUAAUAUUCCAGAGCUUUUAGUUCUCAAAGGUCUUGCUUAUCUAAACAAAGGCUUAACUGAUAAAACUUUAAAGAUUAUAGAAGAACUUCUUUCCUCUCACCCUAAUCUGGCUGAAGUCCAUGCUCUGGAAGCGCUGAUUCAUUUUACCAGAAAGGACUACCCAGAGGCAGAGAAAGGAUUUCAGAGAGCUCUUGACAGGGAAGCUGAGGUUGCUGAUUAUUACUACUAUCUUGGACUAACAUAUUGGUUCAUGAGUGAAGAUACGAGAAAAGACAAAACAAAAGCUCUUACCCAGUUUUUGAAGGCUGCAAAAUUGGACACAUACAUGGGUGAGGUUUUCCGCUAUUUAGGACAUUACUAUAAAGAGGUAGUGGGAGAUAAGAGCAGAGCCCGGGGAUGUUACAGAAAAGCUUUUGAACUGGAUGAAACAGAUGAAGAGUCUGGAGCUGCUGCAGUUGAUUUAAGUGUGGAACUUGAGGAUACGGAAACUGCCUUGGUUAUCUUAACAACAGUAACUGAGAAGGCAAGUGCUGGGACAGCAAAAUGGGCUUGGCUUAGAAGAGGGCUCUACUAUUUGAAAGCUGGUCAGCAUUCUCAAGCAGUGGCUGACAUUAAGAGCAGACCAAAGGACUUCAACUGCUGGGUCCUUGGAGAGGCCUACUUGAGUAGAGGUGGCUAUACCACAGCUCUGAAAUCCUUCACAAAAGCCAGCGAGCUGAACCCAGAAUCUAUAUACAGUGUGUUUAAGGUUGCAGCUAUACAGCAAAUCCUAGGCAAAUAUAAAGAGGCUAUAGCUCAGUAUCAGCAGAUCAUAAAAAAGAAAGAAGAUUAUGUACCUGCCCUGAAAGGUACUGGUGAGUGUCAUCCUUAUGAUGGCAAAAGGAAUGUGAUUGACCUUGAUGGGAAAGCUGUGGACCACAUAGAACGCCUGGAUUACUUUACUAGGGCUCUCCAGCAUCGAUCUGAUGUUUCUUGUAUUUGGAAGCUCAUUGGAGAUGCAUGUACCAGUUUACAUGUGGUUUCACCAUGUAAAGUGAAUGUGAAUGUUUUAGGAGUCCUUCUGGGUCAGAAAGAAGGGAAACAAAUACUGAAGAAAGAGGAGCUUCUCCAUCUAGGGGGAAGGUGCUAUGGCCAAGCAUUAAAACUGAUGCCUACAGCUAAUACGUGGUGUGAUCUUGGAAUUAAUUAUUAUCGUCAAGCACAGAAUCUAGCAGAAACAGAAAGCUGUGUGAAUGAACUUACAGAGUUAUUGGAGAAAUCUUUACAUUGUCUGAAAAAGGCAGUGAGACUGGAUAGUAAUAACCAUUUGUAUUGGAAUGCCCUUGGUGUGGUUGCUUGUCACAGUGGCAUUGGAAACUAUGCUCUUGCCCAACACUGUUUCAUCAAAUCAAUCCAAGCUGAACAAAUUAAUGCUAUUGCAUGGACGAACUUGGGAGUUUUAUAUCUAGCAAAUGAAAAUAUUGAGCAAGCUCAUGAAGCCUUCAAAGUUGCUCAGUCCCUUGAUCCAUCUUAUUUAACGUGUUGGAUUGGGCAGGCUCUUAUUGCAGAGACAGUUGGAAGUUAUGACACGAUGGAUCUCUUUCGGCAUACUACUGAACUCAGUAUGCACACAGAGGGAGCAAUAGGUUAUGCAUAUUGGGUCUGUACAACUCUGCAAGAUAGGACAAACAGAGAAACUGAACUAUACCGCUACAAUAUCCUCCAGAUGAAUGCCAUUCCAGCAGCACAAGUUGUUUUGAGUAAAUAUACAGAAAGAAUUCAGAAUUAUGCUCCAGCUUUUACAAUGUUGGGUUAUUUAAAUGAACAUCUACAACUGAAAAAAGAGGCAGCCAAUGCGUACCAAAGGGCAAUUUUAUUAUUGCAGAAUGAAGAAAAGCAAGAAAUCUAUAAUGUUACAGUAAGAAAUUAUGGUCGCUUGUUAUGUGCUAUUGGUGAAUAUGAUAAAGCCAUCCAGGCUUUCAAGUCAACCACUCUGGAAGAAUUUGAUGACAUCAUAGGUCUUGCACUGGCUUUAUUCAAGAAAGGACUUUUUCAAGAGAGCAACAAAGCCUAUGAAAGAGCCUUGUCCAUUGUUGAAUCAGAGCAGGACAAAGCUCAUAUCCUGACGGCCCUGGCAAUAACAGAAUACAAACAAAAUAAAAUGGACAUAGCCAAGACAUUACUAUUCAAAUGCUCUAUCUUAAAGGAACCAACCACCGAAAGUCUUCAAGCACUCUGUGCUCUGGGACUAGCAAUGAAGGAUGCUACUCUCUCAAAAGCAGCACUUAAUGAGUUAUUAAAGCAUAUAAAACAGAAAGAUGAUAAUUAUCAGAAGUGCCUUAUUACAUCAGCUGUUUAUGCACUACAAGGUCGAAAUGUAUCAGUGCAGAGACAAGUGUCUAAAGCUGUCCACAGUAACCCAGCAGACCCUGCCCUUUGGUCUCUUUUAUCCCGAGUGGUUCCUCAGUAUACUCCACGAAAUGCUCAAGGUGGAGCUGUAGCUGGAAAUGUGGCUCAUAUACUUGACUCAAAUCAUGGAAAGAAGGCCUUACUGUAUACUGCAGUCAAUCAGUUGGCAAUGGGAAGCAAUUCAGCAGAAGAUGGAAAAAAUGAUCCACUUAAGACCAUUCAGAAGGCAGUUCUAUUAUCUCCAGAUGAUCCUGCAGUCUGGGCAGGGCUUAUGGCAGCCUGUUAUGCUGACAAUACAUUGGCUCUCUUAAAUAACACGCAGCCAAAGAGGACAGAGCUAGACAUAGCACUGUUAACCACUAUUUCUGCUACAGUCAAAGAAAAAGACCUUCCUGAAAGCUUCAUUCAGAGUAUUGAAAAGUGGUCUCUUUGUCAAGCUCUCACCGGUUUAAUAGAAAAAGGGAAAAUUUCAGAAGCUGAGGCCCUCUGCACUAAGCAUUUAAAAAGUAACCAUGACCAACCAGCAGUAUUCCUGCUUUUAAGGCAAAUUCAGUGUAAACCUCUACUGCAGGUGCAGAAACAUCUUCCAGAUGCUGUCCUGGAAGAGCUGCAAAAAACAGUUGUGUCCAAUUCAACAUCUUUUUCAGCUUGGCAGUGGUUAGCACAGGUGUACCAGUCUCAGGGAAUGAUGGGUGCUGCAGAGAUGUGCUACAGAAAGAGUCUUCAGGUGGCAUCCCAGCAGGGUAAUUGGAAUGGAAAACUGUCAAGUCUACUGAGACUGGCAUUACUUGCCCUGGAAGUUUGCAUGGCUGAUAUUUCAAAUGAUCACUGGCCAUCUUUGGCAGAAGCUACAACUGAAGCACUAAAACUUUGCGUUUGCCCACUGGCUCUUCUUCUGCAAGCUCUGUUACAAUUUCACCGCAAAAUGGAGCAAGGUAUGUCGGAGACACGGCGGCUGUUGGAGAGAGUAGUGUAUAAGUCCGAGUAUCCCGAAUCCAUUGUAUCAGUUGCACGCUGGUACCUGCUGAGACAUUUGUAUGCCAAAGAUGAUUUCGAACUAAUUGAUAUGCUUGUAGACAAUGCUAAAGUCCAUGGAGAUAUCAGAGCACUGGAACUGAAUAAGAAAUUGUCAGCAGCAUCAACAUCAUCACAGUGAUGACAUGGAUUGCUUGUAGUCAGUGAACUAAAGGAAGCUGUCAGUGGAAUUGAGGAAUGAAUCAAGUCUUUAUCCCAAAGCAACAUUCUGAGUCUGGCCACCUCCCUUGCUUUCCUACUUUGAAUCCAGAACAACUUAUAUAAAUACUCCUUCUCCCUACUAGUCAGUCAGUCUCUCUCUCUCUCCCCUCCCCUUGAGGUGGAGUCUCGGAAGCCCCUAGCCUGACUUUAAUUCAGAAAAAUCUCAUGUUUCCCAUUCAAGAGAAAAGUUUACAGUGGGAAGAAAACACACGUCUGUUUAGUUCUACAGCAACAGCUUUGAAGAGUGCAUGAAUAAUGUUUUUUGUGUCUUCAGUGGUACAGAACGCUUUUUUUUUUUUUUUUGCAAUAAAGCCUUAAUAACCAUCAUCUAAAUAAUAUGCAAAGACAUUUGGAAAUGAGCACAAUUCAGAUGUUUUGUUGUAACAUGCUUUUUAUGUGAUAUGUCCUAACAGUCCCAAGAUAAUUGCUUUUAUAGGUAGUAGAAUUUAGUCCAACCCCAAACAAAAACUAAAUAAUACGAAUAUAUAAACUAUUUUGUUAUCAGUUCCUAUCAGAUUCCAUACAAGAAGAAUAAGUGUAAAGGUAAAAGUGCAUCUUAAACUGCUGGUAUGUUUCUCUCUCUCUCUCUCUCUCUCUCUCUCUCUCUCUCUCUCUCUCUCUCUCUCUCUCUCUCUAUAUAUAUAUAUAUAUAUAUAUAUAUAUAUGUAUAUAUAUAUGUAUAGUGAUAAUUAUAUCUGUGGCUGUUUUAAAUUGUUCAUUUGAAAGAAUUUUUGAAGGUUUUUUUUGUGGUGGGUCAGGAUUAGGGUGGGGUAGGGAAUAUGGCUGCUUACAAUAUUUAAUUAAUCAUGGCAAUUUCUUGAUUUUGUGAUGGCAAGUAUUUUACUUAAAUGAAAUAAAACCAUGGCCUGUUUUUAGUACCAUGAACAGAUUAUCUCAGUGUCAUAUGUAGAAAUUUGAAAUAUUAGAUGCCUCCAUUAUUUUAACUUGUUUGGGUUUUAUACUUUUGGGGAAAGUAUUUUUGCAUUUUUAAAGAAUUUAUUUUAAGCAAUUUAGUUUCCUUAUUCCUUUAUAUUCAUGCUUUAAAAAUGUUUUUACCUAUUUGCUGACAUUUCAUUUAUUGUAGUUAUCUAUUUAAUUCUACCAAUCAUGUACUAAAUAUGGCAGUACUAUAGAUGUAAUUGUCUAAGCCAACAGGCUUACAUUAUUUUAUGUGAAGUGCUAUGAAUUAACGUUGGAUUUCUGAAUUAUAAAUUGUACUUCAGUAAGAGUAACUUUUUAUUGUAAAUUUGUAUACAGUGCUAUAUUAUUAAUAAAGAUUGAAGGAUAA